AUGAGCCAUGAGAAUCAGAUAUUGUUAGAUCUUGAAGAUGGAGUGCUGCCCGUACCACAGGUGAUGGUGUCAAGGAGGAAGGCUGGCUCUUUAAAGUCAAGCAUAUUGCAGGUGUGUGGAGCCCUCCUGGCGGUGGCCCUUUGUGCUGCUGCUGCGGUCUGCUUCACAUACAUCAAGUCACAGAACAAUCAGGAUGGUGAAAACUACCUCAAACAUGCAUUGAGAUCAUAUCACCAUCAAGCAAAUAUCACUGCAAAGACUGCCAUCCACUUAAUCGGUGCAUACAACGCUGUGGUGCCUAAACUGGAAUGGAAAGUCAACCAGGACCAGGCUUUCUCUGCAGGUGGCCUGAAAUUAGUAAAUAACGAGAUCAUAAUUCCUCAUGACGGCAUAUACUUCGUCUACAGCCAGGCGUUUUUCAAUGUCAGGUGCACGCCUGAUCCCGAUAACACUAAGGACCGUGAAAUUGUGCAUUUGAGCCACACAGUGUCACGCUAUUCUGACUCGUAUGGAAGCUACAAACCUCUUUUCAAUGCGGUCCAGUCCGUCUGUGUCCAGAUGCCUGACAGUGACCAGCUGUGGUAUAACACAAUAUAUCUUGGUGCAGUGUUCCAUCUGGAGCGUCACAACCAUUUGUGCGCUAACAUAAGUAAAAAUCUCUUACCCCACAUCGAAACUGAUCAUGGCAAGACCUUCUUUGGUGCUUUUGCUCUAUGAACUGAGCUGAAUGUGAAACCAAACAUCAGGAAAAGUUGAAGCAAGCCAAAGAAAUGCCAACCUACAAGGAGAUUAGGAAAACGAUGAGCCUCUACUGUCUUCAAGAACACAUGAAAUGAAGGCUGUGAAAACCAGCCUAAGCUGGUUGGCGGGCUUUAUUUGGUCUUCAAGCCUGGUCAAUUGUCUGGUUUAAGA